AUGGAGGCGAUCCCCUACAUUUGGAAGGUGGACAUCACAGAUCUGGUAUUGCCAAACAUAAGCAAAGUGUAUCCAAACCCACCCUUGACAAUUGCCAACGGAGCGUAUCACUUCAAUGGAUCCGUGUACUGGGCCCAGGAGGGAAACAUGACCACUCCUAGCUCCAUUGUCCGGAUGGAUCCUCACACCCUGGAGACCAAAGUUGUCAAGAACAACUUCUACGGCCAUCGAUUCAAUUCUAUGAAUGAUAUCGUUAUCUCUGAAGAGGGUGUUGCAUACUUCACAGACGGAUACUAUGGCUGGGACAAUUUCAAUGACACACUUUUUCCUGAACUUGCCAAUCGUAUCUACAGGUGGGACAUGCACACGGGGAAUAUCAAAAUGGUUGCUGGCGCGGUCGAGGGUGCGUUCUUUAAUCCCAACGGCCUCGCAUUCAAUCACGAUGAGUCCAAGCUCUUUAUUUCCAACCGUGGGAAUUCUAGCUCGGAUCCCGAUGGUGCUCGCACAAUCUAUAUCAACAAUGUCACCUCUGACAGUCUGACAAAUAGAACUAUGUUCUCAUAUUCUGACACUGGAUUCCCAGAUGGUAUCAGGACUGACAAAGACGGUCGAGUCUAUGGUGCCGUGGUCGGAUCAGUCGACGUGUACAAUUCUCACGGCACAUUCCUUGGGCGGAUCAAGGUAGCCGAUGGCGAUGUGGCAGUGAGCAUGGCAUGGGCUGGCAACUGGCUCUAUAUAUUUGGUCGGAAUAAGAUCUACCGGGUUGAGCUGGCGACUAUGGGUCGCUAA